CACUGAGAAGCUAAAAUUUUUAUAAGAUGUUGGGGCUUGCUGAAUUUUUUAUAGCUCUAGCAGUAUGUCUCCUGAUUUUGCAGUUCCUAAAGCUGCAAUGGAUGCGUACCCAGCUCCCUCCAGGACCCGUUCCCCUCCCCAUCAUUGGAAAUUUGUGGCUGCUGGACUUCCAACUCCGUCGAGAAGCUCUCACUGAGUUAACUAAGACCUAUGGAAAUAUCUACACAUUGUGGAUGGGACAGACCCCUGUGGUUGUAUUAAAUGGAUACAAAGCAGUGAAAGAUGGCAUCAUCACCCAUUCAGAGGAAAUUUCUGGAAGACCUCUGACCCCGUUCUACAGGGAUAUGAUGGGUGAGAAAGGUAUUUUUCUGACAAGCGGGCACACCUGGAAGCAACAGAGACGCUUUGUCAUGACAAUUAUAAGAACCUUGUCACUGGGUAAGAACAAUUUAGAGCAUCAAAUUCAAACAGAGGCCUGUCACCUUGUGGACAUCUUUGCAAACACAAAAGGCAAACCUUUCGACCCCCACACUUCCAUUGUCCAAGCUAUUGCAAAUAUAAUCUGUGCUGCUGUUUUCGGUCACCGCUUCUCCAGCGACGAUGAAUCUUUCAACAAGCUGAUCAAAGCUGUUUAUUUUGUGAUCUACUUUCAAGCUACUAUCUGGGGCAGGAUGUAUGAUGCUUUCCCAUGGCUUAUGAACCAUAUCCCAGGACCUCAUCAGAAAGUGUUUGCAUACAACAACUUCAUGCACAGUUUAGUAAUGGAGGAGGUCCAGAUUCACGAGAGAGAGAAAGCAAGUGACCCACAGGAUCUCAUUAACUUCUACCUGGCUCAAAUAACAAAAACCAAAGAUGACCCUACUUCUACGUUUAAUAAAGACAAUAUGGUUCAGACUGUGGUCGAUCUUCUGCUGGGAGGGACAGAAACUACAAGUACAACCCUUCUCUGGGCACUGCUUUAUAUGGUACAAUACCCAGAAAUACAAGGUAAGCAAAAGUUUAAUAAAUGA